AUGAUAUCGUCGGGCUUCACCAACGCGCCUGUCUCACAAUUCCUCGUCUUCGGAACUGUCGUCGGCGCGCUCGUCGCGACACUCACGGACACACGAUACUACCUGCCGGUCGCCGUUGUACCGCACAUCUGGGGCUAUGGGCAAUUAUGGCGAUUUGUGACGUGGGGCUGGGUGUUCACGAAUAGCACCGAGGUGCUGUUCGGCGUGCUCUCGUUCUACCAGCUGCGCGUCAUCGAGCGACUAUGGGGGAGCAGGAAGUUCCUCUCCUUCAUCGUCACAACGCUCCCAUACACCACCAUCCUCCCGCCCCUCCUGCUCACCUUCGUCCUGCGCCCGCUCUCCCUCGGCUACGUAAACUUCCUCCCCAGCGGGCCCACCAGCAUCCUCUUCGCCCUGCUGGCAAACUACUACGCCGCCAUCCCCUACACCUACAAAUACCGCGUCUCGCCCGCGUCCCCCGCGGCCCCCUCACCCUCCACCCCGGCCUCCCCCGCCCAGCAGGCCACCAGCAUCUGGUCGCGCAGCAUCACCGUCACAAGCAAGGCGACCUCGUACCUCGCGCCAUUCCAGCUCGCCUUCUCGCAGUUCCCUGGCUCGCUGCUCGCCGCAGCGGUCGGCUGGGCCAUCGGCACCGCGUACCGCCGCGACCUGCUGCCCGGCGCAUACGCAUGGCGGGUGCCCGGGUGGAUGGUCGGCCAGGCCGACGGCGACGCAGGCGGCUUCGACAGUCUGCGGCAGCGGCUCGAGAGCGAGCGCUCCGAGGGCGCCAGCACGGGGAUCCUGGCCGGCGAGACGGGGGGCCCGGCCCGGCAGCGGCGCACGCUGGGGGAGAUGAUCGGGGGGCAGUUCGGGGCGCGCGGGUAG